GUUGAUUUUGAGGAUAGUCAUCGGCAGUAGACCUACAUCUUCUGGACCAAUCAGCAUACCAACAGUGAUUAGGCUAAGGUGGUGAUCCAAUUCCAUGGAAGGGCAGCAAGAAAGGAUUGGAGAGAUAGAACCAGUUGGCGGCCAACCAAGCAGGAACAGUGGCCAAACUGGCCUCGAGCCUGAGCAGCAUACGAUUGACAUUGAUGAAAUCAGUGAUGGGGAUUGGAUUAAGUCUCUCAGAACGGCAGAAGAAAGCACUCAAUGGCCAAGGACACCAAAGGUUCCUCAGAUGCUGAGGGUAAUUUCAAUCGGUCCUUACCACCAUGGCAAGCCCGACCUUGGCCGAGUGGAAAUGAUCAAGCCUCCAUGUGCCAAAAAAUUCCUGGCUGAUAGUAACCAGGACAUCGAAGCUUUGUACACAAAAAUUCGAAGUAAUAUCGAGACAGUGAAAAAGUGCUAUGAUUGUAGUAGUACAAAAAAGUAUAAUGAUGUAAAACUCGCCAGGAUGAUGCUUCUGGAUGGGUGUUUUUUACUAUAUUUCAUCCGGGGAGGUGUGAGACAGUUUCUUAAAGUUCACGAAAUAGUUUGUGUGGUGCAGGACUUGUUCUUGCUGGAGAACCAACUUCCCUAUGGAGUCCUCAAGUUGAUUUUUGAGGGAGCAAAUUUCCAGGGUGGUCUACCAAUGGAAAAGAAUAUAAUAAAAUUCGUCUCUGACAUCGGAAUGCCAGAAGGGUUGUCAUCAGAAAUACAGCUGAAAGAGGUGAACGAAGAGCCCUCUCAUCUCCUCGACCUUUUGCGAAGUGCUCUCCUAGGCAGGUUCCACAUGAUUAGGAGUCAGCCCGAAAAAGAGCAGCAACCUAAGAAAAAAGGAAAGUCGUCGUCUCGAGGAGGAAAGUGGGGGCUCCGUUGGCCAUGGAAAAAAGGCAAACAACGGGGCAUUAGGCAGUCUUUUCGACACAUCAAGGAGCUUAAAGCUGCCGGGAUCUAUCUCAAACCGAGUAGAACGUGUUUCUUGAGAGACGUUUCUUUCAAAUCCUACUUCUUCUUUGGCCACCUGAAACUUCCCCCAAUAACUAUUGAUGACUCCACGAAGACCAAGUUCUUGAACAUGGUAGCCUAUGAAAUGUGUCCAGAUGCCCCAGAUGACUAUACGGUCACUUCUUAUAUAUGCUUCCUUUACGACCUCAUUGAUCAUGCAGACGAUGUCAAGGAGCUGAGAUCUAGGCACAUUCUCUACAACUGUCUUGGCAGCGAUGAAGAUGUGGCCCAAAUUUUCAACGAGAUCGGCAAUGACUUGGUAGAUCCCGAAAUUUAUGAAGAUGUGAAAGCUCGUAUUCAGAAACACUACGACAAGAGAGUCAAUACUUGGAUAGCUCAAGCCCUUCACAACCAUUUCAGGUCUCCAUGGACUGUCAUGGCUUUCAUUGCUGCUCUUUUGAUACUAUUUCUUACUGGGGUUCAGACCUACUACGCUCUUCCCGGUAAUUAAUAUAUAUAUCUUGGAUUAAUUAUGACUGUGAUGUGUUUUUAUCUUGUUUGGUGUGUGUGAUUAGAGAAAUAAAGAUGUUUAUAUUGUUAAGUUGUAUCACUGGAUUUCAUGCAUGCAAUAUUCCGAGUCUUUUCCUCCCCA